AUGGCAGGUUUCGAUUUGCACUCGAGUGUUGAGGACUUCGUCAAGCGAUUGAACGACAUCAGUUCGGUAGACGAGUUGGAGCGUUUACGCAAUCGGGUCGAGAGCAAGGCCGGUGAACUAAACGAAAGGCACAAAACACUUAGCAAGGAAUUGCGUGACAUGGAGCAGUUUUUGACGUCAUCGAAACUUGAGGCGGCAACGGCUGCUGUAACAAAACGAAGACCUGCCAAGCUGGAGGAAAUGCAGGAGAACACCGAACAAAGAGAUAAGAUUAAUACGUUUGCGAGGCUGAUUAGAGAGCACAACAUCAGCAAGGCAGAUCUAGAACCGGAAGAUAUCCCGGUCAAGACCUCUGCCAGUGCUCAUCAGUAUGCUAGGUUCGAUUCGAGUUACUUCCUGCGUGCUGCCCGCGGCAAUUCAGUUCUACUGGCUAUGGCUGUUGAAAGGUGUCUAGAUUUGAUGAAAUUGAGUCAACUGAAAGAAGUCGCUGAUGCAAUGAGUAUUAGCUACGUAGACGAUAUUGUGACGGAGGAAAGUCUGAAAGAUAAAAUCAGACUGACCCAAGCAACAGGCCGACCAUCAGUGGAUUGUAGUAUGUCCACCGACCAAUUCCAGGCAUUUGUUUCUGUCAUCUCUGAUCCAGCCGUACUCAAGGCCAUCGAGAGAAACAUCGAACUAGACAUGCUGACAGCAAAGGAUGCUAUUGCCGAAACGACUCUUGAAAUACAGGAAUUUCAAGUAGACAUUGAAUUCGCUACUCAGAAGCUCUUGCAAGUGGGUUUGAACGAGGCAAUCAAGGACAAACAAGACGAAGUCGAAAAGCAGGAGUUGCUGUGUGGCAAGUUGAACGCAUUUAGCAGUAUACUAAAUGAAAGAAUGGGACUCCUCUCAUAACAAAUGUUAGAUGUCACUUCACUGUCAUUGCUGUAUUUGUCUGAUUGCAAUGUACCAAGUGAUACAUUAAUUAAUUAAGCUAACAAAGUGUGCAUACUUGAACAAACAGUGAAAUAUAGUCUGGCAUAGAAAUUGAUACUUGCUAGUGCAGUUCUGAUUCCACAGAUGUGCUUGUGUUUUCUUGAUCUAUUAAUAAGGGAACAGGGCUUGUACAAAAGACAUUCUCUAACAAUAGAACUGGUAGGCAAUGGUUGCUACGUGGUACAGUAGCAAUUGAUUAAUUAAAUAAACUGCUUAGUUGGUCUGUCUAGGUAUAGUAUGAACAAUGCUGUCUUCUUAGA